GAAUUGCGUUGCAAAGGGCCAUCGCUCGUAAACACGAACACGAGUAUUGUAUCAUUUAAGAUAACAGCUACAAUUUUAUUGAUAACCGUUUUAAAUAUGUCAUUUUUGCAGUGUUAGUUGUAUUUAAGUGUAUUCGUUAUUAACAAAGUAGUGGCUUUGCCGUUUUUUGUUCAUUCGUUGGUUUAUUAAUAGAUUCUAUUAUAUAGUUGAAAACAAAGUAGGUAAAAAGAACCUACGCUCGUUUCCCCUUCCACAGUGAUGGCAUGACUUUGGUUUGAAUCCUAUCUCAUUGAACUUCGCGGUGUUAUUAGCAUUCGAAACGGAUAGGUGUCGGUCGUGCGCCAUCAAGAGUACGUUACAACGACAAAAAAUCUACUAGGGUUGUUUAAGAUUGAUAUUUCAGUGAAUUUGUUCAUAUUGAACUAUAAACUUAGUGAUUAAUAAUAUUCAAUAUUAGUUUAUACUAUUUUUAAACUAUUUAAACCAAACCUCGUGGACUUUUUAUUGUCCUCGGGAAUCGAAUUUUCGUAAAAAAUUUAAAUCUAACUGUAAAUAGUAAGUCUACAGGAUUUAAGCACAGUUGUUCUACUAUGGAUUUGGAUUUUGAUACAUCCAGUACUCUUAUAGAAGAUGUAACUUUACCAUCAUUAUUGACCAGUUUCAGCACAACGACCAAUAGUUCUGUUGAAUUUACUACCUCCGAGUCAGAAUCGGAUACAACUCAACAUAUACCAGUACAAAAACAAAAACCGGUAGAAAAAAGCACUUACAAAGGUCCUGUUAAAUCAUUCUCAUUGGCUGAUUUAACUACAAUAAAAUCAUUUAAAUCACUAAUGCGUGAAGAUUCAGCUAUUUAUUCUACAGAAACAUUGACCAGCGCCAUGACUACUCAAACUGAUUCUGGUAUCCACCAUUCAAAUGGAUGUAUUAAUAAUACAGGAAAUAAUAAGAAAAAAUUUGCACAUGUUGAAAGUAAAGUUAAACAAUAUAUUAAAAAUAUCAAAGACAAUGAGGCUAAAAGUAGAGCAAAUCGACUUUCACAACCAUUACUUCAAAAACAGCAAGAUCAACUACUGCAAAACCAUAAAACUGAAAAUGAUGAAAUUAUUUGUUUAAAGAAUAAUUUAAAAAAGUUAGAAAUUGAAAUAUUAGAAAAAAAUCGUCUAAUAGAACAGCUCCAAUACAAUUAUAAGUUAAUGGAAAACAAGUAUAACUCAGCUACAAAUUUAAUAAGAAGAUUAGCUGAACCGAGUAGAGACUUAUUAAAAUUCACAGAAAACGAAGUUCAUUUAUAUGAACAAUUGUCCCCUGCAUUUAAUAUUCCUCCACCUGAAGAAGUUUGGGGACGUAGUAGAAAAUGUAACUUUCCUACAACAUCUACAUUAAAGAAUGAAAAGUCAAAAAAUGAAAAAGAAAAUACUCUUAAAGUUAGAAAAGUUAAAUCUGGUGGAGAUCUAGUUUAUAACUCUAAUGUUGAUGUUUAUAAAACACUAAGGGAUUCAAGGCAUGCUAUUCAAAAGGUCAAAUUAUGGCAAGAGUCAUUGACAAGUACUGAUGUUUCUGGUGUAGAAACAGAUAAUGAAAUUAAUGAACAUUCUCCUCACUCAUGUUCUAUAUCAUUUAAUGAUUUAUCCCUGAGCUCAUUAGAAAUAUCUCCAGUUACUAGUCAGUAUCCAAAAAAGCAAGAAAGUCGUAGUGAUUCAUCUGGUUGUGGAAUGUCUUCUACAAGAUUGUCUAAAGAAAAUACAUUAAUAAGUGGUGUUAAUGUGGUUGUUAAUGAUAAUAAAGAUUAUCAUUCUACAAGACUUUGUCACAUAGAAAAUGUAAAGCCUUCAUCUUCAUCAACCCCCAUUAAAUCUAUUUCAUAUUCUUCUAUUUUUAAAGACUCUAACAAAAUAGAAAAUAAAAAGAUUGAUGCCCCACAAAAACGUUGUUCAAAUAAAAAACUUAGAAAAACGAAGUCAAAAAAUACAGAUUGUGAAUGCACUUCAGAAACUGAUGAAUUUAUGGGUCAAUUUAAACAUUGUAUCGGUGUUAUUAAUGGUGUAGUUAGUAAAAUGGAACAAAGUUUUAAGACACAAAGAUAAACUAAUAUAUGACUAUUUAUAAGAUAUUGCAAAGGCGUUUAUUUAUCUAUUUAAUGUUAUAUUUAUAACAAUUUAAUUUGUUUAUAUUUUUACUCUAAAUUUUUCCUCCAAUUAAAAAUUAUACUUUGUUAAAAUUUAUAUUUAUUAUUUAUGUGUGUGUUGCCACUGAAAUUUGUUUCAAACGAAAAUUAUUUAACAUUCAAUUUGUACCGAUAAUAAUGUAGUUAUUUAGUAAUAUUAGACGAAAAUAAUAUUAGAAUAUAAAAUCUAGUAUUUGAUUUUUAAGCUUAGCUAAAAAAUUGUGAUGAAUGUAUAUUGUUUUCAAUAUUUAUUUAUUGUUUUGUAUUAUAUUAAACAAUUUCAU